CUUCGUAUUUAAAGAAAAAUAAAAUAAAAUAAAAAAGCUGGGUUCUUGCUCUUAGUUCUUCUGAGCUGUACCAAAGCUUCUCUCUGUAGUUAUCAACACUCGACCUGCAAUUUUCUCUCUUGAUUCUAUAUAUUUAAUCUUUUUUUUUAUUUCCCUAUCACUUAUGUAACGAUUUUGUUGGCGUUGGAUCGAAUUUAAUUGAUUAAAAAAAGGCCUCUCGACGAAAGUUUCAAACAAAGUUUUCCUUUUCUUUUUCUUUUUCUCGGUCAACUUUUCUAAGGUUCCAAAGACGUCCGUAUUUUAUCUAUUUGCUCUGUUUCAUGGUACAGACCUUUGCCUUUGGUUAGUUGAAUUUUUAAAGGGUGUGAUGGCGGGUCGAGUGAAGGAAGACGAGAAAAAUGAGCGAAUUAUUCGGGGUCUUCUCAAACAACCUGAGAAUCGUAGAUGUAUUAAUUGCAACAGUUUGGGGCCUCAAUAUGUCUGCACAAAUUUCUGGACAUUUAUUUGCACCACCUGUAGUGGAAUACACCGGGAGUUCACACACAGAGUUAAAUCAGUAUCCAUGGCUAAAUUUACUUCUCAAGAAGUUAGUGCUCUUCAGGAAGGGGGAAAUCAGCAUGCGAAAGAAAUUUAUUUUAAGGAGUGGGAUCCGCAGCGUAAUUCACCUCCCAAGAGCAGCAAUGUUGAGAGGCUUCGGGACUUCAUUAAGCAUGUCUAUGUGGAUGGAAGGUAUAGUGGUGGGAGAAGCAAUGACAAGCCUCCACGAGGAAAGACGGGUGACAAGGAAGACUUUUUUGAGAAUAAGAGGACAGAUGGAUAUCAGGGAGGGUCCAGAAGUCCACAAUAUGAAGAUACACACGAACGCCGGUACAGUGAAAGGUCCAGUCCGGGGGGAACAAGUGAUGACAGAAAUUCCAGAUAUUGUUAUGAUGAAAGGCAAAGUCCUGGAUACAAUCCAGAGAAUCGAAAAUGUGCUGAAUAUGUAAGAAGUCGUGCUCGUCCUGAGAUUGUGAAUGACUGGCGUCGAGAAGACAGAUUUGGUAAUGGGGGGAAAUUUGAAGAUCGUAAAAUAUCUAAUGGAGAUCCAAAGUUGGAAGGGAGGUCACCGGAGCGACAAAAAGAUUUAGAGUCAUCCAGUCCCCCAGUAGUACGUCCCAUGAGAGAAAUUUUGGGUGAGAAUGUAAUACCCCUUCGUAUAAAUGACCCUCUGAACACAAAUGGUGGAAGAACCGGUGAUGGCCCUCAGGCACAGCAGAGAACUGCAUCUUCUAGCCGCUUGGGGUCUACCAGCGGGAACUCAGCAGAAGUCAAGUUGGAAACGACUGGGAGCUUAAUCAACUUUGAUGCUGAUCCUGAACCUCCAGUAGCUUCUGCAGUUCCUCAGACUCAACAGACAACCAUGACUCAAUCCAUUGUGCAGCCAGCUAGAUUUACCAAUGAAAAUAAUUGGGCCGCUUUUGAUUUUGCCCCUCAGACAAAUGUUUCUCAGGCUCCUCCAAGUGUGAACACCAUGGAAUCUGUUCUUUCUCAGUUGUCAGUUCCAACAUCUGUACCUGGUCACCUAUCAGGACCAUCUAGCAGUGUUGGUGAUCAGGUAGCUGCUCCUGUGGGCAAUGUGAAUGUAGCACCUCUUGGUGGUAAUUCCAAUGUGGCCUUCACAGGGCAGAUCAACGCAUUACCCUUUGGUACUACUGCUCCUGCAACUGCACUAGUUAGCAAUUUCUCAACUGUGCCUCCUACAGGUGCUUUUACAGCUACCCCUGGAUUAACACCAACAAUGCCCGUCAGCAGUGGUUCCCAGGAUGGUGUUAAUAACGCUGGACAAUGGCCUAAUAUGCAGCAGCAACAGACUUCUUUUUUCUCUGCAGCUGACAGUCUAUCUACUACACAUCAGUUUAUGCCACUUGGUGCUGGAGCUACAGCCAAUCAGCCAUGGAAUUUAGCUGUUUCCCAGCAUACGCAGGGACCUUUGAGUGCACCUGCUGUUGCGCAAACACCUCAAGUUGCCUCAAAAGUUGUCCCGGAUGUCACUUCCACUGUUGUAUCACAGCCUCCUUCGGAAGCAAAAGCAAGUGGAAGACAAGAAUUACCCGCGGAUCUAUUUACUGCAACCUAUCCUUCCUACCCUGCAGCUGCACAAGGAUGGCAAACUGGCCCACCACGUGGGAUGGGGUUCACAAUGCAAUAUAAUACUGCAGUGUUUCAGCCAAUGACGGCUUUUCCACAGUCAUCAAGGUCAGUAAACCCAUUUGAUCUUGGUGGCGAAGGACCUCCUGUUCAAACUCAAACAUUCCCUUCAAUGGCAUCCUUACAGGGUGCUCUACCAAUUAUGCCACGUCCUGGUCUAGUGCACACUUCUAACCUCAGUCCUCCAUCGUCAGCAUGGAUGCCACCUCAGUCUUUACCCUAUGCAUCACGGCCACCUUACCCAGGAGCACAAUUACCUAGCAACUUGCCACCUUCCAGCCAUCAAAAUGGGGGCAUUGGCAAUGAGGCAUCGUUUGGUUUUGUAAAUACCAAUCAACAGAUGGGUGGUAGAUUCUCAGCAGCACCUACCCCACAGCCUUUCCCUUCUGUUGGUUGGGGCAACCCGUUCGGCCGAAUCUAACGAGCAAUGCCAUCCUGGACCCCAAGUCUGGUUGAGCCCAGCAUCUUCUUGUUGCAAUAUAUACUACCUAUUAAACUGUUGGGUGUAAAGUUUUGGGCUUUAUUUCGAAUGAUCCAAAAGUCCCCUUUAACAGAUUUAGUUUUUGAUGCUCACACACAGAAAGAAAAAGAAACCUAGCUAGUGAGCGAUCCGAUUGUUUUUUUAGGGUCUUUUUCUUUUGGGUGCAGAUACGAUGUCGUUUUGCAGUUUUCGUCGAGUGAUCUGUGUUUUGCGUGCCUACAAAUUGCGACAUUUUUCUCCUUUUGCCUUUUCUUAUCCCUUCUCCUCAUUGGUGUUUGUAUGAUGUUGCAGUAUCUGAAUGAGCCUGGUUAACCAUUGUCAAAUUUUGUAACUUUUGCAAUGUAAUAUAUUAGUUAAUAUUGAGAUUAUUUUGAGAAA